CUAGAGAUACUCAGCUAGCAACCAGACACUCUUCGCCAAUGUUGCCUGUAAGAUACCACCUAGCUCACGUAAUGACGUUCAUGUGAACCUCAUGCAUUCGUAGCACAAUGUGUGUUUAGUUGCUAGCCUAGGGGAGAGACUACGAUGACUUUGGAGUACCUAAAGGCUAUAUUCUUAGGUUACUAGGACAAAUAUUCGGUAGGGCUAAACGGCUUCUAUUGUAAACUUAUCAUUCUUGCCCAUUGUUUCCAGUCGUUUUAUACUGCUAGAGCUGGUUUGAUCUGCGAAUCUCAAGCUCAUCACAAGUCCAUCACAAGCUUAGCGACAAUGUCGACUACCCAGGACUUCGAUGCACUCCUCGUGCCCAUGCAGCUGGAUGCCUUUGUUCUCAAUAAAGCUGUAUGUGGUACUGGAGAUGAAGGCGAUACGAGUGCCCAUAUCUGUCCCAUAACACAGCCUAACUAUACCUUUUUACGCCUCGAAAACUUCCUGAUCCAAAGCGAUAUCCAAAAUCACGCCGACUUACACAACACGGCCCCGGCUGAAGUCAAUUCGCGUAUGACGGACCUGGGCGCGCGUCCUACUCCCCAGCCAUUGCGUCAUCGCUACGGUGUUUAUGUCCACUGGACGCUACCACGCUUCUACCGGUCAGGAGUGGCAUCCAGCGAGACGGUGCCUGAGGUCUCGCGUAGACAAGAACGACUUCGGCGUGGAUUAAAAGCGACGCCCUUAGGGACCGAACAACCUGCUCUUAUUACGCCUGAUUUUGUUCAACCACCUACGCGUUGGGUUGUGGUUCGUAGGAUUGACAUCGACAGUAUUCAGCCAGAAACAGCCAAAUCGGCGUUUGCAGGUCAUGAAUAUGAGGCAUGGGUAGUGGAAAGUGACCAUCUCUGGUCACUUGACGAUAUCCCGCUCAAUGUCGACUUGCAGAUAGAUCUGGCACCUUUUGUCACUGGUAAAUCGGGCCCAGACGUCAAUAUCGAGGAGCAGGCUGAGAUUUUUAUCGGACGCAAGACACCACUAGCUGAAUGGACUCCUGACGACCCCAAUUCGGAUGUCCAGCCACCCAAUAUCAGUCUUCUACGCAGCGGCAACCAACUCUUUGCCGAUUUUCAGAUGCACAACUCGAACGUCUUCAGUAUUCUUGACAAUUUUGAGUACGCUGACAAAAGUGGCAAGCCUCAAUACUUAACCCACGCUAAGGCUAGCUACUAUCUCCUGGGUUGGCAUUGGAAGGACGAUGCCGACCCGCUCUGGAACUCUACCAAAUCUACUGCACAUGGGGCAAGUUUAGAAUCCCUCUUCAUGAAAAUGAAGGGUGCCGACAAGAAUCCGAAUGACUGGAGCGACUGGCUGGACGACACGAGUCAGCUGCGCACAUUAUGCCACGGCGCCAUGUACGACGUAAUUUGGGAUCAGGAUAAGAAGCCUACUACGACGCCGGCAGAUGAAUACAAUGCCCGCAUCAGCGACCCGACGCAGGCAGCUGUGUCAGUUGGAACUACUCCCAUGGAUGCGCUAAUAUCUUACUGCCAUGCUCGCAAGGGUGAAGGCGAUAUUGACCAGUUAGAAGAGGACAUUCUUGCACUCGAGUCAUUACUGCUUUCACGCGACGAUGGUGUCGAAGCGCAACGUGAGGCUAAGAAUACCAUCUACAAUUGGUCCUUCAAUCGCUCACCUGGAGGGUCACACUUUCACUUCUCGGGCGAGGAUGAAACUAGUAAACAGCCGGUAGAGCCUAAGAGACCGGCAGUUCUGAAGCUGUCUGAAUUAAAUCAAACACAAAGUUUAUUAGACAGCUGCAACACCGUUAUGAAGCAAUACCGCUGGGACAUGUUCUCGUUGUGGUGGGGGUUUAUGAGCGACGUGGGCAACGGCGAGGGUAGCAGUAACGAAUCCGAGACUGAGGAAUACAAAAAUAAAGUGAAUGCCCUAGCAGAGCAUAUAGGAAGCCUGCAAGGCCGCAUAGAACAGUUGCAAACAAAUAUUGAUGAUUUACUAAAUCCACAGGAUAGUUCACAGAACCUCCUAGCGACAGCUAAAGCGGCAAGCAAGCCUGUCUUCUACCGUGCAAAUGACCCGACGGUCCUCAUUGGCGGCAUCCCAUCUGGUUGGCCUAUUGAUUACCUAGAUAAGGUAGCUGUCCGCGCGCCCACUCAGAUCAUUCCCGCCAGCGACACUUCCAAUCUACCAGCUCCCUUGAAGGACCUGUCUGAUCUUCUAAAAAGGCAGCUCCCUGACAUCCUCAGGGUACCUGCUAGUGCUUUAGUAACUGAGUUCUACAUCAUCCAACAAGAUGAUAGUGAUUCUAGCGAGCUACCUGAGGGUACAUCUUACCCUCAGUUUCACGAUCCUAAUACCGCCGUUUCGGAUGGGAGUUUACGCGACCAAUGGGGGAACCGGCAGCCAUGGUUCCCCCUUUACGUGGAGUGGGAAACUGAGUACACGCACGUGCCUUUCAACUACUGGAAGCUUGACGAACAUACUGCCCGCCUUUCAGUCAAUGAAAUGGUACGCUACGGCAUCACCGUUCCCUCCACAGACGGCCAGGAGCCACCGCCACUAUGGCAGGCGCUGCUUGAUGAGCAGAAGGGCAAUGGUCCGGACACGCGUGUGCUAUCUGGUCGGGUACUCAUCUUACCGCAGCCAAGCUUCUCGCUUGGCGCUAAGAUAGCACAACUCUUUGACAACACACCGCCAGAUAUUCUGGACAAGUAUUUAUCGAAGGAGGAGCGUGUCAACUUACGAGAGAAUGUGUCAAAACUGUCGUACUUGUCGAUGCCGCUCUCUGGAUUUACUAAUGGCAUAGUGACGCUGGCAGAUGGUAGCCACAUCAAACCUGAAAACAAGACUAUUGACUCAGGGAUUGAGUCCAGCUCAGCUAUUGCAGCGGCAGUUAACAAUAAGGCAGGUUUAAGUAAAGAACACAUUGAACUGAUCCAGGGAGAGUCGGCCUCAACACCGUACAUAGCUUUAGCGAACUUCCUCGACAGUGCAUGGUGCCCCUUUAAACCUGUGACACACGGGCAGUUUAGAUUCCGCAAGCUCAACAUCAUCGACAAAUUUGGCCAAGCCUUAGUUCCUAUCGAUCAAAACCCGCAAGUCAAUGGCCCUCCACCCUUGUAUCCUUGUAUCAGUGACUUCUAUGAGCCGCAAACCAUCAAGCUCGAUGGUAAGGACUACGCCAACACAGUAAUCAAGGAUAGCGCUGCCCAAUGCGAGUUUCUUCAGCUUCCACCACAAAUUAAUCAGAACGCACGUCUUAACGCCAGCUUUGUCAAGCGUAUUGCCGACGAUCCAGACAAUGAAAAAAAGGUUUUCGGGGCCCUCAAGACACCUUCUAGGGACUCCCCUGGAUCGGCUGCCUGGCGCCCGGCAUCUGAAUGGGAGAAUCCCAUCUGGGGCUGGGUUAUUACAAAUUAUGCCGACUACGGUAUCCAAUUGUUCCUAGCAGACGGGACCUUUUACCGUGAGGUUCGCUUCGGUGGACCUCUUGGGACGUUAGACGCGCCGAAGUGGUUACCCUUUAGUCCCAAUAAGGAUGCCCAGUCGACUCCCGAGACACGCCAGCUCGAUGCCCUCGUCAACAAACUCGUCGAUCGUGAUUAUCUGCAUGGCUUCUGGACCAUGAUUACGAGGGCACAAGAGACGCUGUCGGCCGCACCCAACGACUAUGCUCAGUUUCUCAACUCCAUUGUAGGCAAGCCGCUGGCCCUCGUCAAUACGGGCUGGUCUCUCGAACUAGACUCACCUCCAUUCAAAAAUCAGAGUACCAGGAGCAAGAUUACAGACCCAGAGCGUGCCUUAACGAAGCUAACUGAUACCGAAAGCCAGAAAGAUUACUAUCAGUUCCAAGUGCGACUAGGAGACCGUGAUGCUGCCUAUGACGGGCUAGUGGGAUAUUUCGAUACCACAGCCCCUGGUACCGACGAGCUCAAUCUUGACUAUAUCAGAACUUUCUUUGCCCCAGAUGACGAGAAAGUUGUGCCACUAAAGCCUCUCAAUACUGACGAAUAUCCACUCUUAACACCCUUCUGGGAGCCCCCCUUCCCAACCGAGCCUUCCUACAGUAACCCUGUUGAACCAGCUGACUUCGACAAUCGUCGCAACGCGCGGAUGUCAGUCUUCGGCGCUAUAAUCGACCCAUUUACACCUGUACACGCGUACUCAUCCUUCCUACCAGCGUCAGAACUACUACUGCCAUCAUGGACAUGGCAGAAGGCUAUGAACACUAUGACUGCAUUCUUCCAUGCGGGGCCUCUGACAUUACCUCUCGGCGAUGUACCGCCCUAUGAUCCCUCGCAAGUGCUUACAACACAGAAUGCAAGAGACAUUCCCAAGCGUGAUCUACCAUUGCCGUCGCUUGGCGUUGGGGACUGGAGCUGGUUCGAGCCAUAUUCUGUCAAUGAAAAGGGGCAUGGUGAACCUGCAUUCAACCCCUUUGGCAUUGAGAGGAGGGGCGAUUUAACGAAGCCCGGGUUCCAGGACGGCCCGUAUACUGCCGUCGAGGGAUUCUUGCAGUUGAGGAAUCCUAUCAUGAUGCCCAAAGAGUAGAACACACGGGAAGGUAAUCUAAAGUUUCUAAUUUGAUAAAGCUCAGCGUUAUUGAGGUUCUCCUAUCAAUGGAUACUUGGUACAACACGUUCAUUACGGUCUCUAGUAUAAGAUGUGAACAGCACAUCAAAUCUUGCUUUAUUCAGUGACUUGUUUUAUAUUAGUACCCUAGUUUAGGUGCUUAACUC